GGUUCAGGUGGCUGUCACCGUAGUGGAAGUGGGUUGUUUUGGUUUAGUGUAAACCGGCUCUGUACUGUGUAGUAAAGACGGUGGCAGAAUGUUUAGUGGUACAUAAAACCAAAUGAAAUGUGUAUAAAAGACGCGUAAUUCUUUUUGGCCACCUGCCGUCAUAUUCUUUUAGUGACUGCUCCUUUUGGAAAAAUGUCGGAAACCAACCCAGGGAACCCGGUAGCGGAAGAAGAUGUACAGGAGCUUAGAGCCAGAAUGAAACUAAUUGCUGAUGCGGACCCAUCUCAGUACCACAAUUCCUUUUCACUGAUGAGAUAUCUUCGAGCUUUCAAAACUGUUGACGCAGCCUUUCAGGCAAUUCUGAAAACCAACAAAUGGCGUAAGGAGUAUGGUGUCGAAUUGUUAAACGAAAAAAAUCCAAUUAUCCAGAAGCAUGUGGAAGGGAAGAAAGCAAGAGUGCUGCGUCACAGAGAUGUCAGUGGGAGGCCGAUUAUUUAUAUUCCAGCAAAAAACCACAAUGUUAAUGACAGGGACAUUGAAGAGCUGACAAAGUUUAUUGUUUUCUGCCUGGAAGACGCAUGCAAGAGGUGCUUUGAGGAGGUGAUAGACAACUUGUGCAUAAUAUUUGACUUGAAGGACUUUGGAAUAACGUGCAUGGACUACCAGCUCAUCAAGAACCUCAUAUGGCUUCUGAGCAAGCACUACCCUGAACGGCUGGGCAUUUGCUUGAUCCUGAAUGCACCAGCAGUCUUCUCCACCUGCUGGCCAGUCAUUAGGGGAUGGUUGGAUGAGAACACUUCCAGAAAAGUUAAGUUUGUGGAUGAUAUAAAUGACUUAACAACAUAUCUUAUACCUGAUGUUAUACCUGAAAAUAUGUAGAAUGAGCAAGUAUCACUUUCACAUAAAUGUCGAUUUCAUUGUUAUAGAAGUGCAUGGCAGCACCAGCCAUUCAUAAAAUUAUUUGAGCUCUAAUCAAAAACAGAUCAUUUCAAAAUAUUUUAAUGCUUACUCAUGUGAAUUUAUUUAAAGUACUGGCAGGUUGUCUCUCUUGCCCAUAUAUUGUGUUACAGUCUUCAUCACCAAACUGUGUAACAGUAAAGCUAAUUUUUAUAAUGUGUAGAUAUCCAGGACUUCAGGACAAAUAAGAACAUUUUAUAGUAAAACAUGAAUUCAGCAUUUAAGCAUUUCAUCAUUAUUGGUAUGCAUUAAUCCUAUAUAUCUUCAUGAGGAGCAAAAUAAAAGAAGUGUAAUAACUUUUAUUGUUUUGUGUAAACAUUUCAGCUAACAUUGGAGAGUUGGUGAAGGCUUCAUCAGUGUAAAUUAAAUCAGUUGUGAAAUGCAAAUGAGUGCUUUUUUUAGUUCCUGUAUUUUGCAUUUUAAUGGUGUAACUAACCUAAACAUUUACUCGUAUCGGUGUUGUAGUUAUUUUUAGCAUUUUUUCUGUAGUAUCUUGUGUUUCUGACCCUCAGUGUUACAGUUUUAUUUGUCAUUGUACAUGCAGUUGCAAAUGCUUUUAUGGUGGUUUCGAUGUGGCCUUCAAAGUUUUGAAUGUUGUUGUUGUUUUUUCUUUUAAUGAAGCAUGCAAUGUAUAGAUCAUUCCUUUAGUUUUAAUUUUGAGCCAUCUGUCAAAAGAAGACAAAAAAAUUCUGAAUACCACAGUCAGCAUCUCUUUCUGAAAAUGUCAUUUUUUAAAUUAAUGCUGAAGAGAAUAUGGUAUGAUGAUGUACUUUUGUAUCUAAUCCAUGAGAUUGUUGCAGUGAUUUACAUAAAUUUGCGCUGAGACCGUUGUUUGUACAUUGUGUUUCGAAAAAACGUAUUUGUAGAAAUAGAAGAAAAAUGUUCAUAUAUCUUGCACUAAAACUUUAUUUACUGCUGUAUUAAUUUUUUUAAGGAUCACUAUGUAUCAGUGUUGUGUAGGUAUAUGAUUCUGUAAGCUGUCACAUUACUAAGUAGUUGAUGACAUGUUUGCACAUAACAGGUGUUUUAGAUUUACUUAAUUUUUGUGCAAGAUAUUCUCUAAUUUUCCAGUUAAAUUUGCAAGUACACCAAAAUCCUAAAUGGAGCAGCAAAUAUUGAGUUGACCGUACAUCACUCAGACAUUUCACUAGUUGCUGUGGAAGUAAUGACUGUGAAUUUUAGUGUAUUGGCAUGGUACUUUGACACACUAACUUGUUUCUUGCCUUCAAAAGUCUUUGGCAAAGACUGUACUUUUUAUUUUGUUAAAAAUUCUAAUUUUUUGUUAACUAAAGAUUUUUGUGAUUGGUUAGGUUGAUUUUAUGUAUGUAAAACUGAAUUCAAAUUCAGUGGUUGGGUUAUCAAAUGAAGUUGCUUGUUUGAUAGACUGGAUUUAGUACUGUGUAAAAUUUCCUAUUUGCACAUAAAAAAGACCUAAAAUGUAAAUAACUUUGUACAAAGGAAUUAUUUAUUUUAUUAUAAUUUAUUAAUGUUGUAAAGUAAUGUAACAGCUAUUGGUGCAUUUCAUGUAAACAUUGGAUAGCACUAUGUAUAUGAUGAGAGUAUAACACAGAAACCUGUGUGCUCCAGGUAUCCAUAAUUCAGCUAUGAAUUAUUAUAGUAUAUGAUUUUAAAUGGUAAUAUAGCUUGCAAUUGACUUCCAAUGCCUUAAACAAUCUGUAUUUUAUAAGAUUGAACUUCUGUCUUCUUGUGCAAUUUGUUGCAGCCAUUCCCCGUAAGUAUAAUUUCCCGUCCACAUAUAUAAAAUGAAUAUAGACUUGUGAAUCUGUAUCAUUAAGAGCUUCCAUCUGUUUUUGUUGUGUGGGGUCAGUGAAAGAUUAACAUCUGUGUUUUCAGAAAGUUUGGAGACUCUCCAAUUCUCAGUAGAUUUGCAACAAAAUGAUGAUGAAAGCCAAAUGUUCCAUUUCAAGAAAGAAGGCUGAAAUGAAUGAGACAGCCAAUAUCAUCAUUUCAAAUUAUUAUGAGAGACUAAUUCUUUUCUAUCUUUCUGGUUUAUAGCUGAACUUUUCAGCUAUAUAUCGAAAAAUGUAUGCAUGAAAAAUUUUGUGAUGUUCCCACUAUGACAGUUUUUAUGUAAUAUUACGAUCAUAAAAAUUUUAAUAUUUUGCUAUAUCAUGGACCAGAUACAUGUAAUUCUUCCAUCAGUAGUUUACAUACUAUAAAAAUGUGUAAAUUGUUCUCUGAAAUUGAUGAAAACCAUCGUACUGUCUGUUGCUGGUGGGAGUAGUCAUAUUCAGUCUCUUCUGUGUGUUCCACAGAAAAUAUAUGCAUUCUGGAUCAGAAGUUUAUUCCCUUGACCUUUAUUGGUGAAAUGGACACGUCUUCCAGGCAGGUAUCUUUUUGGUCCAUGAAUUAUGAGACAAACCUGAUUUAAUAUAAAUGAUUUGCAAUUUUUGUCUGUUGAUUGGGCAGGGUAAAUAAUAUUUUACAUUUCUCUCGAUCAAAAAGCUGACUGGCAUGAGGCCACCGGAAGGCAGAAUAGAGUUUUCAUGCCUCAUACCUUGUGCUUGCCAGCAGCCACAUGCCGCACUAUGUUUAGGACCAUAGUGGUACAGUAUGUGCAUUAGUUUGUGUCUCUUGAUCGAGUUGAUGCCAUUGUACAGGAAAUCAGGUACAACAUCUUGUUCAGUGUUUUGAUCUUUGUUUUUUACAACUUUAGGCACCAUCCAAAGAUAUACUGUACUAAACAGUGGAGUGUGUGGCUGGUGGCAGGCACUCUGUGUCAGAUAUGAACCUCUGCUGUGUCUGCUGGUGGUCUGGGGCAGUUAAUAUGUUAACUUAAUAACAAAAGAUUGGUUAUAUAAAAAUUGUAACGAGUCAGCUUAGACUGUAAAUAAGCAACCUACUAAUUAGGUCAGAUCCUAAGAAAAGGAUUUUACAAAACGCAUUGAACAUAAUGGUUCAUUAAAUCAACGUAAAUUGACAUUGAAUGUAUGAGGCACUUUUUUAACAUAAGUACCAAUUUUAGAAAAAUAAAAAAAAUGCAAUAGUACAACCCCACUAUUUUUGUGUGAAAGAUUAGACCUUAAUCUAUUUUUCAACAUAAUUUUCACCUGUAUUAAAAGUGCUUAUUGUAACUUAUGACAAAUUUCUGGAAUCCAUAGAAAUCUCCCACCUGAUAUUUUUGUUUAAAGCAACCUGUACUAAAGUUUUAAUGUCAUCUACUUCCUCGUAGCAUGGACUGGCAAUAUUGUCGUCUUCCUCACACUGCUGACUGGGAAGGUGCUUCUUUUAAAUACAAGAACAAAUGAUAGUCACUAGAUGCUAGAUCAGAGUAUACAGAGGAUGGUCAGUUUAUUCCCAACCAGACAUGAUCUUAAUGAGCCACACGGGAGCAGACACUGAUGUGGGGCUAAACAAGCCCUCUUUGAGUAUGCUCUGUCUUUUGUUUUGGAUUUCAAGGUGCAGUUUCUUUAAAUUUCUCAGUAACUGCAUCGACAAUGCUAUCCCAAGGCAAAAAAGCCAACAAGCAGAACAUUCCGCCUACUCCAAAAUGAGCACUUGAUUUUUCAGACUGAAAUUAUUUGUUGGAACUGUUCCUCGGGUGAUCUUAAAUGUCUACAUUCCAAGCACUUAUGCUUCGAUACUGAUGUAUUGUGGGGAAGCCACAUUUUGUCACCAGUGACAGUUUUGAUUAAAAAUUUAUUCUCUUCAGCAUUAGCUGUGGAGUAAAGCCAUUGCACUGGCUAAACGAGUGGUUUUGCAACUCGCUUAGUAUUUUUGGAACCUGACAUGUGUGUAAGCAUUCCGUCACACAACACUUUUUGUAGUGUGAUGUAAGGUGUGAGAUAAUGAUGAAAUAGUGUAAAAUUUGUCUCCUCGAAUUUUUUUAUUGAAAUUCUGCACCAGGACAUCAGUAAUGAGGGACAUUCACCCAGUUUGCAUGUCAUCGUUCUCAAUUGUGCGGCCUUUAAAUACACUGACUGCCAUGUGUGUAAUGAUGAAUGUUUCACCGUCAGGCCAGAUAUUAGUCAUGAGACUCCUCUGUGUCCACUGGCGGACACACAAUGUGAGACGUUACUGUGGCGGCCUAGUGGCAGUCAACAUGUGAAAUGCUCUUCACCAUUUUUCUAACCAUUCCAAGCAUUUUCUCCCUACUUCAUUAAUAUGCUAACGAAUUUUGGUAGCUUUCACCUCUCCCACAUUUAAGAAACGAAUAACAGCACUUAUUUAACAGUCUACUGCAUUUUUAAUUACCUAAGAUAAAUCAGUGUUCACACAAAUGAAAGCUACCACAAUGGCAUUUGUUGAUAAUCAACAGUUGGAAGUAGUUUGCGAGCAUGCAUAGUACAGCUACUGCAGAACUCAGACGGCCCUGUUUCAGAGUGGUACUUAUCUUAAAAAUGUGUGUUAGAAUAUUAGCAGUACUAGUUAGCUUCAAAAGAAUGUUGAAAACAUGAAUGCCCACAAAGGUCUAUGUGUACAGAAUACUUUUUCACAACUGCCCUUUUAACAUGUAAUGUAAGUAUUGAAUUUCACGUUAAGGCUGGGAAACGUGGAAAUAAACUACCCAGGCAUCGUAUGUAAUGUAUUUAAAAGUAGAGCUUCUUUUUUAUAAGAAAAGGUACAAGAUGCGAUGAAGAGACAGAAAUAUCAUUACAAAACCUGGAUCAUCGGAAAAGUAUCACAUUACAGCAAUAACCAAGAAAUAUACAUUAAAUUUAGAUUGAACUCCAAUGUUGAGUGUCAGAGAACUAUGAUUUAUAGGUGCGAAAAUGUUGAUUUAUUUAAUAAUAAACAGGGUAAGAAGGAGGAGGAGGAGUGCUACAACAUCCAAAAUUGUUGCCUUGUCUAAACCAAAGGCAAAAUUCAGUUAUUACAUCUUUUCCACUUGUGUGCACUUCAGCAUGAUUCAGAUUUUUCUUCCUAUUGUUAUUUUGUAGUCAAGGGGUCCAGUUCCAUAGUGAUUUGGCUUUUAUUUAUUUUAAAUUUUGUUACCACCUACUCGUUCUGCUGCCACAGUCACCAGUGAGGGAGCAAAAUCGCUUGUACCAUCUAUUCGCGAGUCAUGUAAUUUUUGUUGUUCCAUCAUAUUUUAAAUGUGUGCACCACAUUUUGUGAGGCAGAGAGUGUAAUCAACACAGAAUUUGCCUAAAUGAGGAUGUGAAACCACCCAAUAAACACUUUAAAGUUGAUUGCUUUACUGGCCCAAUUGCCAGUAAUCUUGCACACGGGUUGGAUUGGAAUCUGGCUCACACCUGCCUCAUAUGCUGGUGUGCUUCACUUUUUGUAAGCAGAUCCUCUCAGUACUGUUCUCUCAUCCAUAAUAACAACAAAAUAUUUCCAUUGAGAUCAUUCUGAAUAUUUGCUUUAUACGUCUUCCACUUCAUUCGUCAUAUGUUGUUGCCUUUUCUCCAGCCCAGGCUCAGCAAUGUGUACAAACCAGACAUCUUAAAACAUUAUAGAUAACAUCAUGAAAUUUCAUCUUCCAUUUAUCUUCACUGACUCAGCUUUUAUUCAGUUAACAUCUUUCUUAAUGAUGCACAAUUUACGCAUGUAAGUGCAUGUGGAAUCUACUGACGUAGGUGCUGAGAAAAUAGCUAUUGGCCUCGAUAAGAAACUGUAUUGGUGUUCGACAUGAGAUGUAACCAAUGACUUAAGACACAGUAGCUAGUCUUGUGUUGAAACUUGUCACUUUUUUGUACAACUCUACGUAGAUAAUUUCAUUAGCAGUGCAGCUGCUAUUAGGCAACUUUUCUAACACGGGGAUGUUUAUCACACCUACCCAUUUUCUCUUGAGGCACAGUGUAUAAUGUGUCAGCUAACAGCACACAUUGUGUGUCAUACUGGUGGUUAUUUUCUUGCUUCCAUGAUGGAUACGAUUAAAUUACUUCAUGUUUUAGAUUUGCAUAUAUUUUCCCAGUUACACACUGAAUUUCAUUUGCCCCACACACUAUGUAGUAUUAAACACUGAUACAAAAUCAAAACAUAAACUCAAAAGUGGACCGGCAAACAAAUGGAAGAGACAAAUUUGUUAUAAGUUAAAUAAAAAAACAAAUUUUGAAAAUGGAACUAGUAAAACUGCAAGGAAAUGAAAGAAAAGGAAGUGUAGUAACUGACAGAAGAUAAAGGACUCUUUUUAACUGGCACUAAACUGAAAGCCAAUCCACUUUUUCAUGAAAAGGUGUCUGAGAAAGUUCAGUAAAUAUAGUAGCUGUUGCUGCUAGUUAAAGAAACAAACUGCUCUUUUUUCCUAAUGCUAUAUAGUUAUAUGUUCAUUUCUAACACUAAGAUUUUUGUGGUGUCUGUAAAGGAAUUAAGUGUAACAAAAUGACAACAAUGUUAACAGUUUAAAUGAAAUGAUGUAUA